AUGCCAAGUCAAGUCUUCCCCAUUGACUAUUACGUCAAUUCUGUUGUUCGCUUCUUGGACAUUAUACAGUACAAUGACACCAAUUACACGGCAGAAGAGCGCGUGGCCAAGCUUCACUAUGCGUAUACCAAGACAGCCAGGCACUUUGCCCAUCCCGACAGACAGAGGCACAUCAAAGCCAGCCCGAAAAAGCUUCAAGCCUCACUCCAAACCAUUGUUGCCAUGGUGGUUUAUAGCUGGGCCACCGCUUCGAACGAAGUCAUGGCCGAUCUGAGCAUUCACUACACCUAUAUGCUCAUACUUGACGACAGUCACGAUGACCCCGCAGACAGCAUGAAAUCGUUCUACAACAACAUGCUUGCCGGUCGUCCUCAAGAGCACCCGUGGUGGCAAAUGGUGAAUGACCAGUUUCCCCAAGUCCUUCGACAUUACGGCCCAUAUUGUGGCUUGAAUAUGAUUCGUUCCACUACAGACUUCUUCCAAGGCUGCUGGGUAGAGCAACACAACUUCCUGGGAUUCCCCGGGUCUUUUGACUACCCAAACUUCUUGCGGCGGUUGAAUGGUCUGGGCCACUGCGUUGGGGGCUCCAUCUUUCCUAAGGAGAGAUUCGAUGAAAACGAGCUUUUUACAGAGAUCACUACUGCAAUUGCGCAGAUGGAAAAUUGGAUGGUCUUCGUGAACGACCUGCUCUCCUUCUACAAGGAAUUUGAUGAGCCACGCGACCAGACGAGCUUGGUGAAUAACUACUCUCGGUGCAACGAAAUCACGCUAGAACAGGCUUUGGAGAAGUUGACCAUGGACACAAUCGUAGACUCGGAGCAGCUCCUUCGCGUUUUCCACGACAAGGACCACAAGAUCCUGCAUACACUGUGCAAAUUUCUUCAGGGUUACGUUACCUGGCAUCUUUGUGACCCCCGUUACCGGCUUCAGGAGCUAGACUCGCUGACUGACGAGCUUAGCGGAGUCUCAAACAAGCUUCGCAAUUAUCUGCAGUCCGCCAAAGAGGUUGGCUCCGUUGAUCCAAAGGCGUGGGCGUAUCCAAGCGUGGCAAAUCUUGCGGCCGAGUAUAUGGCAGAUUCCACGCCAGUGGAGAUAUCGGGCGCAACAGAUGAGGCUAUUGAAGCCAUGUGGGCUCAGAACCUGCGCGACAUGGAAGACGCCACAGUGUUCCCCGUUGAGCAGCCCUCCGAGUCAAGCAGAUCUUGCGUUCGAGGGCAUACAUUGUAUACAUUAUCUGGCUUUCCUCUUAUGGAAAACCUGGCGGCACAAAUAUCGGCUCCAAAUCUCAUUCACGCAGCAUGGGCAACUCUGAUAGCUAAGGAGACCAAUGCAACUUCUGUUACCUUCGCCAUAUCAGCGUCAGAUUCAUAUCCAACUCCAAUAGUCGUCCACAUGAAUGGCAACCUUUCUGUUGGAGAAUUCCUGCGAGAGGUUGAGCAAAACACAAUCAGGAGCCUACCAUUGACCACUUUUGCACUAGAAAAGUGGGGCAAAAUCCCAUUGACUGGCCUGAACACUCUGAUAAAGGUAGAUGCAGAUGAUGAAGGUGGGAAGCCUAUCACGAAUCUGCACAAUGAUAUUCCACGCGAUGAGCUUGAUGAACUCGAAUCUUCGUUUCCGCUCGUCCUGGGAGUGUCCGCAAAUCAACAAUAUUUUGAAGUCACCGUGGACUAUAAUGCACAAUUCAUAGAUCAAUCGAAGGUUUCUGUGCUAAUUGAGCGACUUGAUUUCACCAUCAGCCAACUCUGCGAUCCGUCCUCACAGAAGACACUAUUAAACGACAUGAACUUUUGCAGCCCAAGGGACAUGGCAAAGAUCCUCAAAUGGAACAGUGCCAGUCACGAACCGGUGGACGAUUGUAUCCAUUGGGAGUUUUCCAAGCAAGCAGCACUUCAGCCGGAGGCAGAGGCAAUCUCGGGCUGGGAUAGAUGCUUUACCUAUCAGCAGCUCGAUAUCUCUACUGCUCAACUGGCGGAACACCUCCAGUCCUUACCAAAGCCCGUGGGUCCGGGAGUGACUGUGCCUAUUUGUUUUCCAAAGUCUGCCUACGCUGUUGUGGCCAUGUUGGCAGUACUUCGCGCAGGUGGUGCUUACACACCAAUCGACCCAGCCUUUCCACAGAGCCGAAUUCUGGAGAUCCUUGGGCAGCUUGGAUCAACAACUGUCUUGGCGUCCCCAGAGAAUGCUCAUUUGUUUGACAAAGCGGCGGUUGAGCAGACCGUUGAGUUGUCGGAAUCAACUCUCACUGCGCUGGCUGCCGACGUAUCGACGUUUGUUGUGACGAACCUACCAGAAGCAAAGCCAUCUGAUCCGUGCAUGAUACUCUUCACUUCUGGCAGCACUGGAAAGCCAAAGGGUAUUGUCAUGGAGCAUAAAUCUGUGUGCAAGGUGUUUCGGGAACAUGGAAAAGCCUCCGGGUUCCGGAAAGGCAUGCGAACUUUACAAUUCUCCGCUCAUACAUACGACGUCUGCCACGGAGAGAUCUUUGAAACACUAUACUGGGGUGGCACGGUAUGCAUUCCAUCUGAAGAAGAGCGGAUGAGUGACAUUGCCGGGUUUAUCAAUCGCCACAACGUUGACUGGGCUUGCUUGACACCGUCGGUGGCUGGCCUCUUGGAUCCUACCCAAAUGCCCUGUCUCAAGACCCUUGGUCUGGGGGGUGAGGCUGUGCCCGGUGAGGUUUUGCGCCUUUGGAGGAACUUUGUUCGCAUCGUUUUAAUGUACGGGCCUUCUGAGUGUAGUAUCUACACCUCGGCCAAGGACCUAGAGUCCGAUUCCGACAUUGGGACACUCGGAAUAGGCCGUGGAUGCUCAUUGUGGAUCGUCGACCCUCAUAACCACAAUGUUCUCGUUCCUAUCGGCGCCGUUGGGGAACUAGUGGUCGAAGGGCCAAUUGUGGCACGCGAGUACCUCAAGAAUCCCGAAUUGUCUGAAAAAGUGUUCAUCUCUGAUCCGCAUUGGCAAGUCAAACGAGAUGGUGCGAGUCAAACGGUGCGUCGCUAUUGUAAGACAGGUGACUUGGUACGUUAUGAUGCGGACGGCGCUGUGAGAUUCGUUGGCCGAAAAGACACCAUGAUCAAACUACGAGGUCAGCGGCUCGAGCUUGGUGAUGUCGAGCUUCACCUCAAGCUGGCAUUCCCAAUGGCCAAAACAGUUUACCCCACCAUAAUCAUGCCCGAAGCCCUAGGCACAGCACAACAUUUAACGGCUUUCAUUCUUAUGGAUCGAGUUACUCAACAUGCUUCGCCAAUGCAUGCUACCAAGGACAUUGACCCUUCCGGGAUAUAUGUGUCUAUCCUCGGAAGCGAUGAAUGGCACAGUAUCGUACAGAAAGCUCAAGAUAUAUUGACAGCGUCCCUUCCCCGCCACAUGAUCCCAACUAUGUUUAUUCCUAUGCUCCAGCUCCCGCUUAGCGCGUCCAUGAAGACAGAUCAGAAGCGACUGCGCGAGCUUGGAGCGUCCUUGACACUGGACCAGCUUACUCUACUCAAUGCCGCCACAACAUCAAAGUCAUUGAUCCAACAACGGCAAAUGUCCAAGGAGGAAAAGAUCAUGCACUCUCUUUGGGCUUUGGCUCUGGGUCGUGAAACCAGUCACAUUAGUCUAGGUGAUCAUUUUUUCCUUAUUGGGGGAGAUUCCGUUCUAGCAAUGAAACUCGUGCGACUCGCAAGAGACGCAGGCUAUGCMAUCACAUACAAGGACGUCUUCCAAGCUCCAAUAUUGGCGGAUCUGGCCAAAAUCAUGACGGAAUCCGUUCUCAAAGAGUCAAGUCCAGAUGUUGUUGAGCCGUUUUCGCUUCUGAGCUCGGGAGCAAGCAAGGAUGAAAUCCUUUGGCAAGUCGCUAGACAGCUUGAUAUCGAGCCAUCAAUGAUUGGAGACAUACUGCCUUGCACACCAUUCCAAGAGGCCUUGAUCACGAGUACGGUCCGGCAGCCAGGAAGCUAUGUGGCUCGUUCCGUCUUUCGUUUACGACAACACAUCGACGUGCAACGGCUACAAUCAGCUUGUGAAACCCUCGUGUCUUCGACACCACCUCUCCGAACACGCAUUGUAGAUUUACCAGAGCAGGGCUUUUUGCAGGUUGUGGUGGAUGAGCCUCUGCAAUGGCUGACACAUGGAACUAAAGCCUUGACAGAUUUGAGUCGCAGCACUUUGGGACUCAAUUCGCCGUUGGCAUUGUUCGAGGUUAUUGAAGGUUCAGAGGACGCUGAAUCAUGCCUGAUCUUGACUCUCCAUCACGCUGUGUACGACGGACAUUCUAUUCCGUUGAUGCUUCGAAACCUAGAGUCAUUAUAUUACGGGGAGGCCAUGUUAUUCUCCCCAACACCGUUUCCACUGUUCCUUGACCACAUUAAGAAGCAGCAAGAUCAAAGUGUUGCCUUGCAAUUUUGGAGGGACCAGUUCUCUGGAGACUCCGCUGCCUCGGUUUUCCUUGGGCUUAAUCUGCCAAACCUUGUUCCCUUUGCAGACAGCCACAAGAAGCGAUGCAUCUCCAACCUUGCGUGGCCCAAGGUGGAUGUGACACCUGCGACAAUAGUGCGUACCGCCUGGUCUAUCUUGCAAUCCCAAUACACAGGAUCGCUGGAUGUCUUAUUCGGAGCCAGUGUGAGCGGCCGGCAGACCCCGCUGCCAGGCAUAGACUUUGUGGUUGCCCCUACAAUGGCCACUGUGCCCGUACGCAUUCAACUUGACGAGACUACGACCUUGGACAAGAUCCAGCGCAGAAUACAGGCUCAUGCCCUGGAGAUGAUUUCUUACGAACAGGUCGGACUACCAUACAUCAGACGCAUCUCCCCUGCUGCAGAACAUGCAUGUCAAUUCCAGACCUUGCUCAUUGUCCAACCCGCUUCUGAAGACAAGUCUUUCUCGCCUGGGCUCUUCCGGCCGCAAGAGAGCUCUAGUUCUCAUGUUAUUCACAGCUUUGUACAUGAGGCUAAAGAUCUUCCGCUGGUACUCGAAUGUCAGCUGGAGCGUGACGGCGUCGGCCUGCAUGUCAAUUUCGACGCCAGAUUUAUCUCCGACGAGCAAGUUGGCAGAAUUCUCAUUCAGUUUGAACAUAUCCUGCGCCAGACUUGUGACAUUGAACUUCGUCAAAAGACCCUGUGUGACAUAGAUCUGAUGAGCCCAGACGAUAUGUCCAAAAUUUGGAACUGGAACUUUCAAGUUCCCGAGACGAUCGACAAUUGCGUGCACGACAUCAUCCAUUCCAUGGCGCAAGAGCAGCCUGAAGCUCUUGCCAUUGAGGCUUGGGAUGGCAAAAUGACCUACCAAGAGCUGGAUACCAAAUCGACAAUACUCGCAGAGCACAUGCUCCAGCAAUUCGGUCAGUGCAUCGGCAAGAUUGUCCCGCUGUGUUUUGCCAAGUCCAUGUGGGUGCCCGUCGCAGCGCUCGCCGUGAUGAAAGCGGGAGGAGCUUGUCUGCUGCUAGAUACAGCGCAGCCUAAUGGGAGACUUCAAGCUAUUCUCGAACAAAUUAAACCAGAGAUGAUGAUUUGCUCUGUCACGGAACACUGUCGGGCCAUAGCGCUUGGUGGCACAAAUAUUUUGACGCUUGGAGAGACGCAGAUGAGUGACAUAUGUUCUACGCACAGAGCCCCCGAGAUUGCUCUACCGAAGGUCCCGGCAUCAAGUUUGCUCUACCUUACAUUCACUUCUGGUAGCACUGGUGCGCCCAAGGGAGUUCGCAUCAGCCAUGCCAAUUUUGCCAGUGCGCUGCAUCAUCAGAAGGGGCGCAUUGGAUAUGACAGGAAUUCGAGAGUCUAUGAUUUUGCAUCGUAUUCUUUUGAUAUCUCGUGGUCCAACAUCAUUCAUACUUUGGCAUACGGCGGGUGCAUCUGUAUUCCAUCGCUACAGGAACGGGGAGAUAAUCUUGUGGGCUCUAUACAGCGCUUCAAAGCAAACGCAGCCAAUCUGACUGACAGUGUCCUCGAUCUCCUGAGCCCCUCAACCCUGCCACUCUUGAAGACUGUCAUAUCGGCCGGAGAAGUCACCAAGCCGUCGACGCUAAAGACAUGGAGCUCUGCAGUGUCCCUUUACCAGAUCUAUGGUCCAGCAGAAUGCACACCUCUCAGUACUGGACAGCUGACACAAGACCACUCUUAUCUAGCAACCAUGGGAACUGGACUCGGAUUUAACACAUGGGUAGUUGAUGCUUCAGGCAAAAGACUUGUGCCAAUAGGUGUUGUCGGAGAGCUUUGGCUCGAGGGACCAGCUGUUGGUUUAGGCUACCUUGACGAUGACGAGAAAACGUCACAGGCAUUUGUUGUCGACCCACCAUGGCUCGUCGAUGGUACGGUGUCCACCCCUGGCCGUCGCGGACGAUGCUAUAGAACUGGAGACCUGGUGAAGUACCACGAGGAUGGUACUUUGGAGCACAUGGGACGCAAAGACGACCAAGUGAAAAUUCGUGGCCAGCGAGUCGAGCUUGGCGAAAUAGAACAUCAAAUCUCUCGUGGAUUGGUGGCGCUUGGUGAGAGCUCGGUUACCAAAAUUGCCGUGGAAGUUGUCAUCCCCAAGAACUCGACCGAACCAACUUUGCUUGGCUUUUUGACCCAGAACUCAGUAGUCAAUGACGAGAAUACCUGGAGAGCCGGCCUGACCAAAUUGGGAGACAAGCUCAAUUCGUGGUUAUCAGAUUGUCUUGUCGCGUAUAUGAUUCCUUCCGGCUACAUACCUGUCACUGACUGGCCUGUCUCCAGCACAGGCAAGCUGGACAGACGGCGGCUGCGCGAACUUGGUUCCAAAUGGAGCUUGCAGGACCUCCAGAACCCAGGUCUACAGUCGCCCGAAUCAAACGCGGUUGAAAAAUCCAUGACUGCCGCCGAAACACGAUUGCGGGCUCUAUGGGCCAUGAUCUUGAAGGUUGACGUGAGUGCUAUCCAAAGCAAGGACAAUUUUCUGCGAGUCGGUGGCGAUUCUAUCAAAGCAGUCCGCUUGGUGACAGCCGCUCGCAAACAAGGUCUAGUGCUCAGUGUGGCCAAGAUACUCAAACGUCCAAGGCUCAGUGACAUGGCAUUAACCAUGACAGAAGGCAAAGAGCUCAAGUAUCAUGAACCUCAGCCAUUCAGUCUUUUGGAGGGCGGAAGCACUGAGACCCAGAGACUUUUGAAAGAAAUUGGUCCAGUCUUGAGCUUUUCGACCGAUCAAGUGCGAGAUAUCGCCCCAACCACAUACACUCAAGCUCUGUGUGUGGACGCCGCUACGUACACCCCGCCGCAGGGCUGUUUCGUCUUUCACAUCGACAUACCUGGCCAUGUUCCUCUUGAGAAAAUCAAGGGCUUUGCUCAGAUGCUCUGGAAAAAUGUGGACAUUCUCAGGACCGUCUUUGUGAAAUCUGCCUCAGGAGACAUUUUACAAGUUAUUCCUGGUGAUGUUCCCGUUCCGCUAGAAACCCACGAAGUUGAUGCAGCAAGCACGCUGCAAGACGUGGCAGCACUGGUAUUUGAGAAGAGUCUACAACCACGCCUCGAACUUGGAGCAAUCUAUGUCAAGUUCAUGCUCAUUUACGGCCAUGGAAAACCAACAAGAUUCGGAUUCCGCGUUUCUCAUGGCCAUUUCGAUGGUGUCAGUCUGAUUCCCAUUUUGGCUUGCCUUGCUGCGACCUUGCAAGAUCGGGACUGGCCGAUCAUUCCCAAGUUUGUUGGCUACAUCGGUCAUGUCCAUAAGCAAGAUGCAAAGACCAUGGAACACUGGAAGAGAGCUCUCAAAGGGUCAAAACCUAUGGCCUUGCAGCCUACCGGAGCAGAAUCUCGAAUCAUGACAAUGACCAAAAUCAUAGAGUCUCCUCCAAGAAUCCCAGACUUCACUGCAGCCAAUAUCUUCCUUGCCGCUUGUGCAGAGGCGUUAGCUCAUCUCCACGAUACACUGGAUGUGAACGCCACACUGACGGUUUCGGGACGUACCAUGUUGCCUGGUGGACUGGACAACGUGAUUGGCCCUUGUUUGAACCAGGUGCCUCUGCGAGUUUCCCUACCCGCCGAUCGAUCCUUCGGAACGACACUCACCACAGUGAAGCAGGCUCAGCUAGAUAUGUUGCCGGCCGAAGUUGCUACAUCACAGAGCAUCUACAAGACUUGUGCCCAGGAUUGGCCUGAACACCAACGGAAGAUGUUCUACAAUGUACAAUUCCACAAUGUUAUCUUCCCAUCCGUCGACCUAUUGGGCGACGGAGUCAAGACGCCUUUGAAGGUACACGGCCCGACCGGGGUGUGGGAGCAUUCGGAGGAAAUUUGGGUGAUUGCUAGGCCUGUGGAAGACACUUGGCACAUUGCUCUCAGUGCAAAUGCUUCGAACUGCACCCAGAAACAUUUGGAGAAUGUAGGAGAUACAAUUGCCUCUAUCCUGGCUUUAGUGAAUAAGUAG